AUGAGCUCUGGACCAUUCGGAGAUCGCACAGGGGCUGACCUCGCCAAUAAGGAACUUAACGAGUGGUUGGAUGGAGACGGUUUCAACAAAACUCUCGUUGAAUUACUACAGCUCCUUUUGUCACUUCCAGUACAUCCAGCUUACCCUGAAGCGUACAUCAACAAGAUGUUGGAAAUUCCCCAGAGUCACGUCAAUAAUGAAGUGUUGAUGGCAGUUAUAAUUAAAAUCAGACAGCAGCUCGUUGGAGAGUUGGAGGAGAACAGAAGGCUGAGGUUGCGUAAUGAACAAUUGAACGAGAUGCUUUCAAACGAUCUUCAUGGUGAUGUGGAUAGGCUACUCGACAGGGUUCACGAUAUUCUCGCUGAAAAAGCGCCAGAAGCCAUACCUUUGUUAGAGCAGUUCUUAGGUAAGCUACCACUUCUGUCUAAUGAAAUCGUCGAAGCUGACAAACGUCAGCGAUCAGUGAUUCUUUAUGGUGUUCCUGAACCAGAGGAAAGCCUUUCGGCUUCUCUGCGUCAGGAGCACACAGAAUCAUAUAUUCGUGGUAUACUUGACACCCUUGACGUAGAAACCCGUCCUGUUGAGAUUCACAGAAUGGGGAAAAAAGUCGAGGGGAAACCUAGACUUGUGAAAAAAUCAAUGACUAGAGAAGAGCGCGAAAAAGAGACUGAUUUGCGCAAGCAGGCACGGGAAAGGAAUCAAAAUGAAUGCAAUGGUGAGCGUAUUUACGUCGUUUAC